AUGCUUAAAAUUAAGAAUGUUUUUAAAGGUGUAAAUGUGAAUGUAAUUAAUAAUUAUUAUUCUAAAAGAUAUUUGUCUAAAAUAAACAGUAAAAGUUUAUUUAAAUAUAAAUCAGAAGAAUAUAGUACCAAUGAAAGAGGGAUUAAAAUAAAUCAUAUGAAUUCUUCUGUUCUCUGUAUAUUCUCAAAUAUGCUAUUAAAAGAAAAUAUUAAAAAUGAUUUAAUAUGGAAAAAAAUAGAAAAAAGAUCUUAUGAAUUAAUAGAUAAAUUUGAAGCUAAUGAAAUAGCUUCAUUUUUAUUUUGCUUGAGUAAGGUUCGUUAUGAAACAAACUUAUAUGAUAGUUUUAUUCCUAUAAUAAAAAAAAAAUGCGAAUAUUUUAAUACGUCUAAUUUAGCUAUGUUGAUAUCCACAUAUUCAAAAAGAAAAAAAGAAGACUUAAUUAUGUUGUUAAAAGAAGAAUUAAAAAGGAAAGUUCAUACUCUUCAUAACACAGUUGAAAUAUCUAUGAUAUUAAACGCUUUAGUCAAAUGUAAAAUAAAUGAUCAAGAUUUAUUUAGCAAAAUAAGCAAUAUUAUUAUUGAUAAUGUAAUUUAUAAUAAUGUGCAUGUAAGGGAUAUUUGUGUUAUUACUUACUGUUAUGCAUAUAUAUUAUAUAAAAAUAUGAAUAUUUUCAAAAUAUUAUCUCAGAAAAUAAUUAUGUUAAUGGAUGAAGUUAACAUUGUUGAUCUGUGUAGGAUAUUGUAUUCAUAUAUGAGAAUAAGUAAAAACUUUAAUCAUAUAUUAAAAUUUUCAGCACUUAAACUUAAAAAUGUUAUUGAUAAAAGUAGUAUUGGUGAUGUGAUUAACUGUAUUCAUUUUUUACCAAUUUUAAAGCAAAUAGUUGAAAAACAAGAAUUUAAUGAUAUGAACUGUGAAAUCAUUGAUGAAAACAAAUUCAAUUAUUUUAUAAACUAUUUUAAUUUAUUUAAUUAUAUAGUAAAUGUUUUUAAUGAAAAAAUUAUUAGUUAUGCAAAUAUAUUAAACUCAAAUCAAAUAAGCAACAUUUUUUAUAUGUAUUCAAGAUAUAAUAUACUAAUAUGUCUUUCUGAAUUAGAUAUUUUUAUUCACAAAAUAAAAAAUAUGAAAUUAACAAACGAGCUAAAAAUUUAUAUUUUGUAUUCUUUCACUAUACUUUUAAAAAAUUAUGAAAACAACACUUUAUACAAUUUUAAUUUUUUGGACGUUAACAAAAUUUUUGUAAAAAAAACUUUUGAUAAUUUGAAAGAAGAAAGAUUUAAGAAAGAAAAUAUAAAAUGUAUAAACAAGCAUGAUCAAAAAAAAUUGAAAAAUGAUUUGUUGAAUUGCUUAAAAGAAUGGGAAAAUGAUAUAAAUUUGUUUAUAAAUAAUUAUGAAAUUUGUUUAACUCAAGAUAUUAUAAAAGUAUUAAAUAUUUUUCUAAUUUUAAAUCAUACACAUGACUCCAUUAUACAUAAUAUAAAGCAUUAUAUCAUAUUUAAUUAUAAGAAUAUAAAUGAGCAAAAUGCAUAUACACUUCUCUACUACUUUCAGAAGCUCAACAAAUUAAAUGAAGAUGAAGAUUUUUAUGAAAUCCUAAAAUAUAAGAUUAAGUCUUUGAAAUAA